AUGACACCCCCCCCCCCGGAUGAUUCAGGGGCAACUGAGAGCAUCUGUCACAUUGAGAAGCUGGGAGAAGGGAGGGGUGCUUCUCGUGGGGAACCAGGACUGGUGGCAACCAACCAGUGGUUCAUCCCAGCUGUGAGGGGGGACAUCCCUCCGGGGUGUGCAGCCUAUGGCUUUGUUUGUGAUGGAACUCGCCUCCUGGUGUUUGGCGGGAUGGUGGAGUAUGGGAAAUACAGCAAUGACCUCUACGAGCUGCAGGCGAGCCGGUGGGAGUGGAAGAGACUCAAAGCAAAGACACCCAAAAAUGGGCCCCCUCCAUGUCCUCGGCUCGGGCACAGCUUCUCCCUUGUGGGCAACAAAUGCUACCUGUUUGGGGGUCUGGCCAAUGAUAGUGAGGACCCAAAGAACAACAUUCCAAGGUACCUGAAUGACUUAUACAUCCUGGAAUUACGGCCAGGCUCCGGAGUGGUAGCCUGGGACAUCCCUAUCACUUACGGGGUCCUACCACCACCUCGGGAGUCACAUACUGCCGUGGUCUACACCGAAAAAGACAACAAGAAGUCCAAGCUGGUGAUCUACGGCGGGAUGAGUGGCUGCAGGCUGGGAGACCUGUGGACCCUAGAUAUCGAUACACUGACAUGGAAUAAGCCCAGUCUCAGCGGGGUGGCGCCUCUUCCUCGCAGUCUCCACUCAGCAACCACCAUUGGAAAUAAAAUGUACGUGUUUGGUGGCUGGGUGCCUCUUGUCAUGGAUGACGUCAAAGUGGCCACGCACGAGAAGGAGUGGAAGUGUACCAACACGCUGGCUUGUCUCAACCUGGAUACCAUGGCCUGGGAGACCAUCCUGAUGGAUACACUGGAGGACAACAUUCCCCGGGCUCGGGCCGGCCACUGCGCAGUCGCCAUCAACACCCGCCUGUACAUUUGGAGUGGGCGCGAUGGCUACCGCAAGGCCUGGAACAACCAGGUCUGCUGCAAGGACCUCUGGUACCUGGAGACAGCCACCACCCCAGCCGAGACAACUGGUACGCGCAACACCAACUCCCUGGAGGUGAGCUGGGGGGCAGUGGCAACAGCCGACAGCUACCUUCUCCAGCUCCAGAAAUAUGACAUUCCUGCCACGGCCGCUACUGCCACCUCCCCUACACCCAAUCCAGUCCCAUCUGUGCCUGCCAACCCUCCCAAGAGCCCUGCCCCGGCAGCAGCCGCACCCGCUGUGCAGCCACUGACCCAAGUAGGCAUCACGCUCCUGCCCCAGGCUGCCCCCGCGCCCCCGACCACCUGUCCAUUCUGGCCUCUCCGACUACAGAGCAGCCCACCGCCACAGUCACCAUUGCCGACUCGGGCCAGGGUGAUGUGCAGCCUGGCACCGUGACCUUGGUGUGCUCCAACCCACCCUGUGAGACCCACGAGACUGGCACCACCAACACGGCCACCACCACUGUUGUGGCUAACCUUGGGGGACACCCCCAGCCCACCCAAGUGCAGUUCGUCUGUGACAGACAGGACGCAGCUGCUUCUCUUGUGACCUCGACUGUGGGGCAGCAGAAUGGUAGCGUGGUCCGAGUCUGCUCGAACCCACCCUGCGAGACCCAUGAGACGGGCACCACCAACACCGCCACCACCGCCACCUCCAACAUGGCCGGGCAACACGGCUGCUCAAACCCGCCCUGCGAGACCCACGAGACGGGCACCACCAACACUGCCACCACAGCCAUGUCGAGUGUUGGCGCCAGCCACCAGCGAGAUGCCCGUCGGGCCUGUGUAGCCGGCACCCCUGCUGUGAUCCGGAUCAGUGUGGCUGCUGGGGCGCUGGAGGCAGCCCAGGGCUCUAAGCCCCAGUGCCAAACCCGCCAGACCAGCGCGACCAGCACCACCAUGACUGUGAUGGCCACUGGGGCCCCAUGCUCGGCUGGUCCACUCCUCGGGCCGAGCAUGGCACGGGAGCCUGGGGGCCGUGGCACUGCUUUUGUGCAAUUGGCCCCUCUGAGCAGCAAAGUCAGGCUGAGCAGCCCAGGCAGCAAGGACCUGCCCACGGGGCGCCACAGCCAUGCAGCCAACACCGCCACCAUGGCCCGUUCUAGUGUGGGUGCUGGGGAGCCCCGCGCGGCACCUGUGUGUGAGAGCCUCCAGGGCGGCUCGCCCAGCACCACAGUGACUGUGACGGCCCUGGAGGCACUAUUGUGCCCCUCGGCCAGUGUGACCCAAGUCUGUUCCAACCCACCAUGUGAGACCCAUGAGACAGGCACUACCAACACUGCCACUACCUCGAAUGCAGGCAGCGCCCAGCGGGUGUGCUCCAAUCCGCCGUGUGAGACCCAUGAGACGGGCACCACCCACACGGCCACCACAGCCACUUCAAAUGGGGGCACAGGCCAGGCCGAGGGUGGGCAGCAACCCCCUGCUGGUCGCCCCUGUGAGACACACCAGACCACUUCCACCGGCACCACCAUGUCCAUUGGCGCGGGCGCCCUGCUUCCCGAUGCCACUUCUUCCCGCAGGACCCUGGAGUCUGGCCUAGAGGCGGCAGCAGUGCCCAACGUCACUCCCCAGGCUGGCACCGUUCUGCUGGCUCCUUUUCCAACACAGAGGGUAUGCUCCAACCCCCCCUGUGAGACCCACGAGACAGGCACCACUCACACAGCUACCACUGUCACUUCCAACAUGAGCUCAAACCAAGACACCCCACCCACUACCAGCGAUCAGGGAGAGGUGGAGAGCACCCAGGGCGACAGCGUGAACAUCACCAGCUCCAGUGCCAUCACGACAACUGUGUCCUCCACACUGACGCGGGCUGUGACCACUGUGACACAGUCCACGCCGGUCCCAGGCCCCUCUGUGCCGAAGAUAUCAUCAAUGACUGAGACUGCCCCAGGGGCUCUGACUACCGAAGUCCCCAUCCCGGCCAAAAUAACAGUGACCAUAGCCAACACAGAAACUUCUGACAUGCCCUUCUCUGCUGUUGACAUCCUGCAGCCCCCAGAGGAACUCCAGGUGUCACCAGGGCCUCGCCAGCAGCUGCCGCCGCGGCAGCUCCUACAGUCGGCCUCCACAGCCCUGAUGGGGGAGUCCGCCGAGGUCCUGUCAGCCUCCCAGACCCCUGAGCUCCCGGCCGCCGUGGAUCUCAGCAGCACAGGGGAGCCAUCUUCGGGCCAGGAGUCUGCCAGCUCUGCAGUGGUGGCCACUGUGGUGGUCCAGCCACCCCCACCUGCACAGCCUGAAGUAGAUCAGUUAUCACUUCCCCAAGAGCUAAUGGCUGAGGCCCAGGCCGGCACCACCACCCUCAUGGUAACGGGGCUCACCCCCGAAGAGCUGGCAGUGACUGCUGCUGCAGAAGCAGCCGCCCAGGCUGCAGCCACUGAGGAAGCCCAGGCCCUGGCCAUCCAGGCGGUGCUCCAGGCUGCACAGCAGGCUGUUAUGGCAGGCACCGGCGAGCCCAUGGACACGUCCGAGGCAGCGGCAACCGUGACCCAGGCAGAGCUGGGGCACCUGUCGGCUGAGGGCCAGGAGGGCCAGGCCACCACCAUCCCCAUUGUGCUGACACAGCAGGAGCUGGCGGCCCUGGUGCAGCAGCAGCAGCUACAGGAGGCCCAGGCCCAGCAGCAGCAUCACCACCUCCCCACUGAGGCCCUGGCCCCUGCUGAUAGUCUCAAUGACCCGGCCAUUGAGAGCAACUGCCUCAACGAGCUAGCCGGCACCGUCCCCAGCACCGUGGCGCUACUGCCCUCAACAGCCACUGAGAGCCUGGCUCCAUCCAACACAUUUGUGGCCCCCCAGCCGGUUGUGGUGGCCAGCCCAGCCAAGCUGCAGGCUGCAGCUACCUUGACUGAAGUGGCCAAUGGCAUCGAGUCCCUGGGUGUGAAGCCGGACCUGCCGCCCCCACCCAGCAAAGCCCCCAUGAAGAAGGAAAACCAGUGGUUUGAUGUGGGGGUCAUUAAGGGCACCAAUGUAAUGGUGACACACUAUUUUCUGCCACCAGACGAUGCUGUCCCAUCAGACGACGACUCGGGCAAUGUCCCUGACUAUACCAGCUGAAGAAGCAGGAGCUGCAGCCAGGCACAGCCUAUAAGUUUCGUGUUGCCGGAAUCACGCCUGCGGCCGGGGGCCUUUCAGUGAAAUCUCAGCCUUUAAGACAUGUCUGCCUGGUUUCCCAGGGCCCCUUGUGGCCAUUAAAUCAGCAAA